AUGGGUGACUUCAAUACUGAAGCAUUUACCUUACUGGGGGUAGCUAUUGUCAUUAUCGGUCUGCGAACCACCGCAAGAUGGAUUAUGGUUGGCCCCAAAAACUUUCAGGUGGAUGACUAUCUAAUGCUACUUGCGUGUGUGGUGUAUGGACUCGAAACUGGCGCCGCAUACAUAGUUGGCGCGUGGUAUAUGGGAUUGGCCAACAAUUCAAUGACCCGUGAACAGCGAGAAACUUUAUCAACAAGCUCCGAAGAGUAUCGUAUCCGUGUGGGUGGCUCAAAGGUUCAGGUUGCUGGUUGGUCGUUGUAUACCCUUUUGCUUUGGCUGCUCAAGACAUGCAUGGCCAUUUUCUAUGCUCGAUUGACUGCAGGCCUAAUAAAUAUGCGCAUCCGAAUCCACAUUGCAUAUGGUUUGAUUGCUGGGACAUAUAUUGUGACAGUCUGUUCGAUCCUCUUUGGAUGCCGUCCAUUGCAUAAGAAUUGGCAAAUCAAUCCUGAUCCUGGGAAUUAUUGUCAACCGGCCGUGUCCAAGAUUGAUAUCUACGUGACUGUGGUACUCAAUGUCGCGACCGACAUCUAUCUAAUUAGCAUACCUGCACCGAUGCUUUUCAAAGCUAGGUUGAGAUGGCGGGAGAAGCUAGAACUUUUGAUUCUUUUCAGUGGCGGACUCUUUGUCAUGAUGGCUGGUAUUCUUCGCUGUGUCUUAAUAUUAACAGCUGGUACCAAUGGUGCUCAACAAGCCGGCAGCUGGGCCUGUCGUGAGACCUUUGUCGCUGUCAUCAUUGGCAAUGUCCCUAUGAUCUACCCUCUGUUCCGGCGAGUAGCCCGACGAGCUGGAUUUUACAUCACCUCAAGGAAUGGAUCACAGAGUUACCCUGCCUAUCCUCUCUCGGAUGGUGACACUGGAGGCGGCGCUUAUACUAAGCGUAAGAAGUUCCGUCAUCCUCUAUCUAUUCCGGCGGAAACCCAGUGUAACACGAUAAGUGACGAGCAAAUGAUCCUGCCCACCUCGCGACAGCAACCGCCUACUUGUACCGCUGGUGAGGGUGAUUGGGAGACUCACAGUCAGAGUAGCCAAGGUGGAGGCAUCACGGUGGUUCAUGAAACGAUUGUUCAUAGCAGAGAAAAGUCGCCUGGGCUAUAA